AUGGCAUCAUCUUCUGCCUCUACGGCUGGUGUGACGUGGACUCAAGCUCUCUUUGGUGGGCAAGGUACCACUGAGAGGCUCAAGGAGGCAAUCUCGAGAGCUGCCUCCUCUCUCAAGGCCAGCUUUGCCGGCGCAGCAGGCGGAGGCGCUGCCGUGGGUGGGCAAGGCAAGGGAGAAGUCUCUGAGCAGCAGCAGGACGAGUGGGAGCAAACCUUGCUGGCCUACGCAGCUUCAGCAGAACGAGCAGAGGAGGCUGAGAAGCGGCGAAGAGAGGAGCAGCAGCAGCGACAAGCCACUCUGCACGACACUCAACCUCGAUCAUCGCAUUCGACGUUCUCAGCGUCACACUCGACUUCCUCGUCACCUGCAAUGAUACCCAGUGAUACCCCGCUGUCAGGAGACAACCAAGGCGCGCCACGACCGCCGCCCACGUCAGCUGGCCAGACGGGGGGACGACGAUUCUUCGUGUAG